CUCUAUUUUGAUUUCUAUUCACUUCCAUUCCAAAUUGAAGAACAUAAAUGGAGGAGCUUGAUCAAGAUAGAUUAUCGAGUCUACCAAAAAUAAUUCUCCAUUGCAUUCUGUCAAAGUUGCCAGAGAAAGAUGCUACUAGGACAAGUGUUUUGUCCAAGGCUUGGUUAGACACAUGGUAUACUUUUCCUAUAUUGUCUUUCUCUACAAGUAAAUUCAUGGGAAUGUCUCCAUUACAACCAAUGGAAGAUAGUGAAAAGAUGAGAAAGAUGUUAGGAUUUUGUGAUUAUGUGAAAAAGACUAUCCUAAGGUUUCGUGACCAAAGCUUGACUAUCAAAGAAUUUAAGCUCCAUGUGAAUUCUGAACUUGGCCACAUUUCAAAAGAAGAUGUUGAUAUUUGGAUUAAAUUGGCUUGUGAAUGUGGUGUUGAGGUAAUAGAUUAUUCCCAAUAUAUACCAGUAGGCCGGUGCCGAUACCAUGUAUUGCCAAUUUGUGCCAUUGAAGCCAAAUCAAUUACGAAGUUGGUGUUAAAGGGGUAUAUAAAGAUUGAUCCAACAUUCAUUAAUCAUUCAUUCAUGUUUACCUCAUUGAGGGUAUUGUCACUGCAGCAGGUACUUUUGGGAGAUCAACAUGCAAUUGACCAACUCAUUUCUUUUUGUCCACUGAUUGAAUCGAUAACUUUGAGGUGCUGUUUCGUGAUAGGCUCUGGUGAUGGCACCAUGGAGAAGUUGAAGUCUUUGAGCAUUAGUGGUAUACAAAAGCUCGAGAGUGUUGAUGUUGUGGGAAUAAACGAUGUUUCUAUUGAUGCCCCGAGUCUUGAGACUUUAUGUUAUUCUCCUAAUUAUUUUGCCGCACCAUUUAAGAUUGAUUUUGAUAGGUGCAAAAAUUUGAAAGAGUUAUGCAUGUUGUAUGUGACAACAAGUACUUUUUUAACAGAACAGUUUCCAAAAUUCCCUUUUCUUGAGAUUUUGAAGUUAAGCUAUUGCAAAAUGUCUGAGAGAAUUAAUAUUUCAAGUGUUCGACUUAAGGUGUUGGAGUUAUCAAAUUGCUCUAACUUGAAGGGGGUUAAUAUUGAUGCUCCAAAUCUAUUGUCAUUUGGAUAUAUAGGUCAUGGUGCUUCAGAACCUACUAUAUCUUUUUUGAGAAAUUCUAGUCAAUUGGAAGUCAAUAUUGGGAUACACGUUGAUUAUGUGUAUCUUUGUAACUUGAGGAAAUUCAUGCAAAACAUCAAACCUAACAAUGUUUUGACAUCAUUAGCUCUAUCCAUCAGUAACAUGUCAAAUGUUGAUGCAUUGGACCCAGUUGCCUCGCAUGUUUCAUUCACUCCAACGAGCAUCAAACACUUGACCAUAUCCCAUUUUCCUCAGAAUAAAUAUUUGUUCUCGUCUGUUGUAAAAAUCUUACUUGCAAGCUGUUGUCCAGAAACUAUUUCUUUGAGAGUCAUCAAUUCGGGCGGCAAAGAAUUCAUUGAGUUUUUCUACGAGAUGUUAAUGAGAAGAAAAGAGGGAGAAUGCUUUUGCAGUUUUCAUGAUACUAAGUGUUGGUGGCAUGAUUUGAAGGAUGUGAAAGUCACAAUGAAGAUGGAUGAAAAUGUUGAUUUUAAGACCUUUUUAGAAUCGUUAGAUUUGGCACCUUAUGAAAGUAUUAGCUUUAGGCUAGAUUUUUAAUGUUAUUUUGAUCAAUAGAUAAACAUGGUUAUUUAGAAGUUUGGUAUUACAUCUUAUGAAUAAUAGAUCAUGCAUCUAUUUUUAGUUUAAAAAAUGUUGAACAGUACCAAAAGAGGUA